GCUCCGGGGCGUGUUCUAUAAACCGAGAGUUUGCCGCGUGCUCUCUGCCGCCGUGUUAACACUAAACAUUUCUCAUGUUUUCUUAUUUUGUUGACGGAUAAUUUCACCACGAAAUGGAGGCGUUCAGCCAAAUAAUGCUGGAAUAUCCCGAGUUGAUGUACGGAGGAGUUGGAGUUACGGCGUUUGCCGCCGGUGGAGCGCUGAUAUAUAAAAUCGCUACCAGAAAGAAGCCGACCCAUGCAAGUGUGAACUGCUGGUUCUGUAAUGAGAACACAGUGGUGCCCUAUGGGAACAAAAACUGCUGGGACUGUCCCAGCUGUGACCAGUACAAUGGCUUCCAGGAGAAUGGAGAUUACAACAAAUCCAUCCCAGCUCAGCACAAGGCAGAUCUAAACUAUGCAGUAUCUGGAAGCAUUCACUCAUCUGAGACACUCAAGACACAGCAGUUUGUCAACUGUCAGAUGCUGUUGUGCAAGAAGUGCAAUAACAACCAGUCUUUAAAGAUCAAGCAGUUGGCGUCAUUUAUCCCGAGGGAUGAUGAAAACUAUGAUGAAGAAAUUGAAGCCUACAAGCACCACCUGGAACAGACCUAUAAGUUAUGCCGGCCAUGUCAGACUGCAGUGGAGUACUACAUUAAAUAUCAAAACCGCCAGCUACGUACAGUGCUCCUGAACCAUCAGCUUCGACACUCCCGAGACACCGUCAAGAGCUUUGAAAAGACCUCCUAUCCCCCGUCUUCUCCCAUGGGAGUCACACUGUUACGGGCUCUUGCCUUCCUGCUCUGUGCUUUCCUAGUUGCCACAUCUUUCUGUGAAUUUCCAGACCAGCUUCUUUCACCUAGUGCCCCACAGACAUUAAGUGGUGUUGUCACUCCAAAACCCGUAAAUGAACCCACCACCAAAAAUGAGAGCAGUGGAGACACAACAGUUUGGCAGGGUCUCCUGGAGCUGAUCCCAAACACUACCAUAGAAGAUGCCAAGCUGGUGUGGCAACAUGGAAGGGACAACCAGCUGGCUGUGGUCUCUGCUGGCCUAUUGACUUGCCUCACGUCUAUCUUCUUAGGAGGACCUGCAAGGCUGAGGAGAAUCGAUGCUGUGGCCUCUGUCCUGUGGUUCCUCCUCCUGUGCGUCUACCUGGCUGAGAGCUACUUGUCUGGUGCCUCGAGCUGGAUGGACAUGGCAAAGCACUGUAUCAUCUCUGUCUGUUGCCUUGUCAGCUUUGCUGCUGCUGUGGCAACUCGCAAACAGGGUCUACGAAGAGGCAAAUAUCGAAGAUACCUUGCAGGCAGCUCUGCGGCGCCCCCCUUCAGCAGCCAGCUUCCUCUGCUCGCGCCUGACCUGGCUGAGGCCUUCAUCCCCACCCCGCCCCCGAACCUCUCCAAGCUCUUCAGCUGCCAACAGAGUCGCCGCCUGUGCAAAGAUUCCCCUUCCUCGCUGCCUGGGCGACUCAGCAGGGCCCUCUGCCUCGGCACCAUCCCCUCAUUCAAACGGACAGAUUCUGGUUACCUGUUUAGCGGAAGCAAACCAGCCUCACAAUAUAAAGACUCCCCGCCUUCAGACUACUUUUCACUGAAGUCUGGGAGCCACCCAUCAUCUCCCAGUCCAUCUCCCACUCCUUCAAUAGCUGGGUCAUGUACAUCCAGUCUUUGUUCUGCCAGACAGCGCCGCCCCCUCAUCAGCCCUGCUCGCCUCAACAUCUGCACUCAGAAAAUGUGGCUUUUCACAACGGAGCCAGAACCUAAGCAUUCACCCCCGCCCACGUCUCCUCUAUAUUCCACUGUAGGACCGGCCUCUCCCCUUUACAGUGGCUGCUUUUCACCUGACACAUCACCCUUCCAAAGCCAGAGCGAUUUGAGUGCGAGAGACAACAGUGUCAUUGAUGAGGAAGAGAGGAGCGAGAUAUGCAGCUCGUCGGGGUCCUCCGCCUGUGUGGUCGGCACAACAACACAGGACCCGGAAAGCACUCCCCCACCGAAAGGUUUUCUGAAGCGUCUUCUCUUCCCGGGGCUGUUAACAGUGAGCCUGACAACCAACCUGGUCUUCGCCGGCCUUUGUAUCUACUACUACUGGAGAUGAUUUAUGUCCUGCCCCACUUCCUCUGCAUUGGCCCUACCCCUAGACAUGAAGUGCCUCUACCUAAGAGUGUCUCCCACCAAACAGAGCCACGAGGGAGAGGGCUAAAAUAUGGAGCUAAAUUCAUGCCAAAACUUAACAAACAAACAAACGAGCUGUAUUUUUAAACACUGUGUGGUUUACCAAUACACAACCCCAUUAACAAACUAAUGCUUUUUGUUUUUCGCCGAUCCAAAACGCACCGGACAAACAAAUACACUACAUAUUUCUAAUAAAUGAUGUUUCAGAAACAAAAUUUCAUACAAAAUCAAUCCAGUCCAAAACUACGCAGUAAAAGUACUUCAUAGUAUUUGUACAAAUAGUUUGAAAUCUUCUUAUUGCAAGAACAUGAAGCUCAUAAACUACCAAUGGAAGAAAUAGUAGUGUCCGCUAUCAGAGGAGAUAAUAUCCGACUUGGAUUCACUUCAAGUUACAGUUGUGGGACUUCUAAGUUGAAAUUUCUCUAAAUUCAUUAACUAUUCAAAUUAAGUGGGUGUUUUAUUUAUAUGAGAUACAUUUGUGCAAAUAUAAUCAGAUUUUCAUAUUAUGUAUUUUGUAUCUACUCUGUUAACGUUAUUUUGAAAACUGGAAGUAGUCGCUUGAUUCUAUGUGUGAAACAAAAUCCAUUAGUUUGUUAAUGGGGUUUUGUAUUUGCAAACCACACUGAACGGUAGGGAAGUUGUAAAACACGGUUUGUUUAAGUUUUGGUAUGAAUUUAGCCCCAUACUAAAAAAUCUUCACCUAGGAAUCGAGACCACUCACUCCGUCAUCUGCAGCCAACCAAAGUUAUUACAGUGACAAACAAUAUCCACCAACAUUAUAAUAGUGACUCAUUUGACAACGGCAGGACUGACGGGACAGAUUGAUCUAUUGAUCAAUAGUCAGUCUGCGUUUUUAUGGUUAUUUCAAUGUAACGUUAGUCCUGUCCAUAGAAACUGAAAACGUUAUAACAUGAGCGGGGAAGUUCAUUUCAAACUUCAUAUACAGGACACGGGAGUAACGCAUGUUACUUUCACUCAGACUGUUUACAUGCUUGUUUUGACAGUAUGAAAAGCGACUUACGUUUUUAAUUUGGUACUAGAUUAAAACAAGAUAUUCCGCUGAAUUUUUUAAAGAAAUUUCAUGGUUAUUUUUCAAGAUUUCAUACUUACAUUUAUGAGCAUUUUACCCGCCGCGGUCGCCAUGUUGAUUCGCUUUGUCCGUUCGUAAAACAUUUGGGAAAUAUACUACGGUGGGAGGGCUCGAUGGCCACUAACCCUACAUCCCAUAGAGAAGUGGGACAACACUACCCCUUCACGGCCAUACACAAAAACUAAGGGGUAGGGCCAAGUGGUAGAGCUGAGGGGUGAAUUGGUACAGGGCUUAAAUAUGGGUCUGCUGCAGUCAUGUCUUUAGACCUGGAGGUCGUUCAGGAAACAUCAGAUCCUGGCACUUGUCUGUUGGUGUUAAUCCAAAAUACAGACAUCAGCCGAUGGAUUUCAAUCAGUCGGAUUGAAGUGACAAGAAAACUAUGGAAAUGAAAUGAAAUAUUGCCCUUUUGAAUCUAUUGAUGGCUUGAAAACAUUUUUGGCUUUCGUCAACUCUCUUAAUUAUGACAGCUGGUACGUUUUGGAGAGUUUGCAUUAUGGAGGGAAUCAGGCCCAAUAGAGAUGUCUCUAAUAUAAGCCUGCCCAAAAGGCUUUUAUCUAGAGAAUUUAUAAUAUACUGAUUGGGAUGAGUGCAUUAUUUCUCCCUAAUGAACAACAGUUCUAUUACUCUACAGCAGCCAAAACAUUGGAGAGCAUUCAGCAGCAUGUUACAUUUGUGUUGUGGGUUUUGCAUUUUUUAAAAGUUGUACAUAUUUUCACUUUGUAAAGUCAGGAUUACACAGCAGUGGUGUUUGCGAUUGUCUUUCUAUGUACAGGCGGGUGACAAGUUAAAGGUAAAACCAACAUGAAGUGUCUUAGUAAGGUGCCGCAGACCAUGACUGGAUGUUAAUUCCUUAGUUGUAUCCUGCAGUACCGCUGUGUGGAAGCAUUUUCAUUCACUGUUUCUCCACAUGUUUAUUCAGGUUUUUUAUUUGAAUCCAUCACCAAUGUAUUUAAUUCUACCCUGUUAUUUUGUUUCAUGGUUUACAGUCAAGAUUUUUGAUAUCAGGGUCAUUUAGAUCUCAACACGUGUCACAGGAACAGAAACUUCUUUCAUCAAACCAUUUGAUUCUCUGAUAUGUUCAUUAGUUUGUAAAUGUGAGAAAACCCCCAUGGUCAAGUGCAAUAUUUACAAAAUGUAUUUUUCUUAAUUUAUAUUAAAUUCACAUCUACUUGACAUUUUCCAUUUAAAAAAAAAAAAAGUGAACAGACUGUAAAAUGUACGCAGACUUUUCUUAAAACUCUACGCAUCAAAUCUGGUAGAUUGUUGCACUUGUUUUUCUGAAGUGUGUUUUUUUUUGUGCGCUUGGUUGUGUUGUGUUUUGAAUGCGUCAAAUCAAAUGUAUGAGCACAGAUGUUUGAUUUAUGGUUUGCGUCAAUGCCAAACAUAUGUUUUACAAAAAGUUGUACGUUUGUAAAAUGUGUGUAAACAGGAUACAGUGAGCUUAUUUCCCAUGUAAAACAUUGUAUGUUGUUGUUUUGGGUGUUUAUUUUCUCAUUAAGAGUUUUUUAUUGUCGAUUAACCAUGCACCUGGUUUUAAAAUCAAGAAUAAUUACUGAAACGAAUGUAAACUAAAAAAAACUAAAACGUUUGUGAGAAGAACUUACUACUGAAAGACUGUUAACUCAAACUCAAUUAGUCAACCUUACAAUUAAUAUUUUGUUUAGUUUUUUAAAGCUAAUACAACCUUUCAACUUACUGGAUGCAAAGUUGUGCAUUUGUACGUGAUGUGUAACCUGGUGUAGGUUUUUGUUUUUCCUCUGAAGGGGCUCAUUCAUUGAAAGUUGGUGUACAUGUUGAAGUGUAACUGUUCUGUCGUGCUUAACUCCUGAAUGAGACAAACCUCAUGGUUCACUCUCAGAAAUUUAUUUUUGAAUUUGUAUUUAUUUUUAAAGUUGUAUUUAACGUGUAAUUAAGACAUUGUGGAUCUUGUGAUCACAUCACUGUUCUGUUAAAUCAAGGUUGUUCCUUUCACAGUCUUUGACAGGAGGUAUGAAUAAAUGUUCUCUGUGUUGAUAUUUUCACUAAUUGUUUGAAGGUUUAUUACGAUGUCCGGUGCAAAUGUUUAUCUGCAGGAGCUGUUUGGUCUGUGUGAUUGUAAGAAACAACGUUGGCUUGUUUCAGUUGGACCAAUACUUUUUAAAUAAAGUGUUAUAUUUCUAGUUA